GGCCUCUCAUUGGUCAGCGUAAACAUCCGUCAAAAACCAAACGUCACACAGUCAUACAGCCAGAGUGAAGGGAACAGGUUGAGAAGAGUCGGAGAUUUGAAUAGCUCAGUCAAAUACUGUUGGUUGCAAAUUGUAACCGGACCGAAAACACAAGCUGGAAGGUCUCAGCAUCGCGUGGGUACCCAGGGAUCCACUGCCUGAGUGCGGGGAGAGCGGCGGCCGAGCCCCCACAGACAUGAACCACACCAAGGGUGGCCUGGUCAUCUUCACAGCCAACUCGCAUCCGUCAAGUCGCGAGUUGGGAAAGAGGAUAUCAGAGCGGCUCGGGGUGGAGCUUGGGAAGGUUCAGGUUUACCAGGAAGCUAACAGAGAAACACGGGUACAGAUCCAAGAGUCGGUGCGAGGGAAAGAUGUCUUUAUCAUCCAGACCGUGUCCAAGGACGUGAACACUACUAUCAUGGAGAUGCUCAUCAUGGUGUACGCAUGCAGGACAUCAUGCGCUCGGAGCAUCACCGGCGUCCUCCCCUACUUCCCCUACAGCAAGCAGUGUAAGAUGAGGAAGAGGGGCUCCAUCGUCUCCAAGCUCAUCGCCUCCAUGAUGUGCAAAGCGGGCCUUACUCACCUCAUCACCAUGGACCUGCACCAGAAAGAGAUUCAAGGCUUCUUCAACAUCCCAGUAGACAACCUCAGAGCAUCUCCAUUCUUGCUCCAGUACAUUCAGGAGGAGAUCCCUGACUACAGGAAUGCCGUAAUUGUUGCCAAAUCUCCAGCUUCUGCCAAAAGGGCCCAGUCGUUUGCCGAGCGGCUGCGUCUGGGCAUAGCGGUGAUCCACGGCGAGGCUCAGGAUGCCGAGUCAGACCAGGUGGACGGGCGCCACUCACCGCCCACGGUCAAGAACACUGGAGCCAUUCACCCCAGCAUGGAAAUUCCAUUACUGAUUCCCAAGGAGAAGCCCCCCAUCACUGUGGUCGGAGACGUUGGAGGACGCAUCGCCAUCAUAGUGGAUGACAUCAUAGACGACGUGGACAGCUUCGUGGCCGCCGCCGAGACGCUGAAGGAAAGGGGGGCCUACAAGAUCUUCGUCAUGGCGACGCACGGCCUCCUCUCCUCCGAGGCGCCCAGGUUCAUCGAGGAGUCCGCCAUCGACGAGGUGGUGGUGACCAACACCAUCCCCCACGAGCUCCAGAAGCUCCAGUGUCCAAAGAUCAAGACGGUGGACAUCAGCAUGAUCCUGUCGGAGGCCAUCCGCCGCAUCCACAACGGAGAGUCCAUGUCCUAUCUCUUCCGUAACAUAGGCGUGGACGACUGAAGGAGCUGUAACGCGCACGCACGUAGACGCAUCCUCUUGGGGAGACCUCUUUGACUUAUCGUACUGCUAUGAUCCUUAAACUAACACUUAAACUGGUUUUUAAGAGUCUCCAAACACAGUAAAAUAUUCACUUCUUCCCCAUAAUUUUGGACUACUCUGUUUUUGCAGAAAUAAGGUGCCCUUUUUCCUUUUUUUUCUCUUUUCUUUCUUAUUUAAUUUGGUCUUAUUUUGUCUACCAUAGGGCUGGGUUUUAUCUCUGCAAACCAGAGGGGGGGGGGCAAAGGAUGGUGAUUUAUCCUCUCAUAUUUCUCUUUUAGAUGAAGAAUAUAAAGUGAAGAAAAAAAAAGGCUCUAACAGUCACAUAUCAGACUUAAUACGCACACAAAUGAAUGCUAAAUCCUUUUGUUACUGAAUGCAACCGACCGAACACACACAAACACACACACACACACACGUAUAUUGACAAAGCAGUCGCACCUCUCAAGCUGAACACUGUCCGUGUCGGAUGUUACGACCAUACUGCCUCGCUCUGAACUGAAAACGGUACUCAACCUCAAUAGAUUUAUAUGUCACGCUUUCAUCAUUUUUUUUUUCUUUUUCUUUCUAGUUGUUUUAACGUUAAAAUCAGUGUUUUGGUACACAUUUGUUUGAGCCGAAUGUCUUUUAUCAGAAGAGAGAUUGUACCCGAAAGAGUGUCAGUGCCUUUAUCGGUCCGAUACACCGUCGUGUCUCCAUUCAAUGCCACUAAUUCACACAAGCUCCUGUUUUUUUUUUUAAAUCCCCAGAAUAUGCAGCUUCCCUGUUAAUCCACAAGCUUUCGAACACCGGCCCACGUGUCUAACCUCCGUUUAUUGAUAUGAAUGCGUGACAACUCGUCCUAGACUCUUCCCAGCUAGCCAUGCCCGUGUAGUUGCCAUAGUUCUUAGAUGUUCCUCUGGCGUCAGACAAACUUGUUAAAAGUUGGACUGGAAUUAGCAGACGCGUUUUAAUCUCGUUAACUGGAUGUGACGUUUAUCAAGUGUUUUUCUUUGGUCAUCCAUAAAACUGAAUGUGCCAUCAUUCUGGGCUUCCUCUUGUCUUAAGAAAAGGAUCAAAAUUGGGAUUCCACAAACGAGCAUAUCUUUGAUCUGGAUGGUUCUGAUUCAGAGGCUUUUUGUUUUGUUUUGUUUGUUGUUUUUGUUUCCUCUUUAAAAUGAAUCCCUUGCACUCAGUUGCUGGUCAGAAAUGCAGGGUCCUUCUAAUAAUCUAUAAAUGGGGGGGAAAUUAAUCUUCGGUCCUCAAUAGUUGUGAGUUAGACCAAAGUUGUUUAACUUCGUGGUCUCCAGGGAAGUCUCAAGAUUGCGGUGUCAGCAGAAAAGUAAACGGAAGCUUUUUCCUGAUAAGCCAACCAUGACUGAAGCAGGUCUUUGUCACUUUGCCAGAUGUUCCAAAAAUGUUUCGUAUUUAUUUUCUGUACUUUAUUUGAAUAAAUAUGACCUUGGG